GUUAGCCAUUAGUAGUAGCAGUUAGUCUGUGUCUUAAUUAUAUUUUAAAUAAUUACAAGUCUAAACAGGUCCUUGAGCAAUUUAACCAUUUUCCUCCCACGAUCUAUUCUUACUCACGAUAAUUUGUGUGUCAUCGUCCACUUUUCACCCGGGACUUUUCACAAACGAAGGAUUAUAAACGGAAUAAUAAGAUAAUUGUGAUGCAAGGCCUCAUCUUAUUAUGUGUCCUGAUUGCGGGUGUGGUUGCCCAAAAUCAAAUUGAACCAUUUUUCAAAGAGUUUCCUUGUCCAUUUGAAGCUGACACAGAAAACACCGAUUGCUGUCACUACAGGAUGAAAAACUCGAGAAGUGGGAAAUUUCAUGGUGCAUGUAUGGGUGGCUCUGUCUGGUCAGCAGACAUGUGCGCAUGCGCACGUGCGCGUAACGUAGCAGAUUGCGACCCAACCACUUGUGAUGUUCCUCCACACGUGGCGCCCACUGAUUGUACAGAAGAUGAUAACUCUGACACACAAUGUUGUCGUAAAGGCCUGUUAUACACGGUUGACGAAGCAGAUUCAACUGCUUAUGUAAUGAAAAGUGGAAGACUCGUUUGUCAUCCAGGCAUGGAGUUCUCAAUAGAAUUCUGCGGAUGUAUUGGGGAAGCUAUUAUGGAGCCAGCUGUUACUGAGGACUCUGAUGGAAACUAAACAGAAGAAAACGGAGCAUUAUCUAAGCUGUUACAAUGUCUGCAUGAGUGUUCACUUUAUUUGUACAUUCGAUUGUUAUAUAUUGAAUAAAUUGAAGCUAUAUACACGA